AUGACUUGGGAUAUGCAAUUUGCCAUUCAUACAAUCUUUGAAGAGAUGUCUCGGCCAUUUGUUGGUGCUGUUAGUGAAAAUACAAAUACGAGUAAAUUGAAACUGUUGCCGACACUAUUCAGCCAAAGAUGUGGCAAUUCACAAAACCCCAUUGCCCGCGCCAACUUAUUCGCGGUGGUCUUUGACAAAAUUAUAUUCAGACCUCAACUCAUGUUUGAGGAUUUAGGCCAAGUGACUGAUACAGCAGGAGAAGAAUCUAUGAGAGUACAUAGACCUAGUAGAGAAGUUUUCGCGUUCUUCCAUGUACAUUCAUAUCCCAAGAUGAACAUCGUGGUCACAGGGACCAUUGUUUCCUACCAAAAUGUGUAUUUUCAACCAGCAUAA